AAAUAUACACGCCUUUAUUUAAAAAUUUAAAUUAUUCUGCCGCAACAUGUAAUUCAAUUAACAAAGGUCAUAAAUUAUCAUUCUUAUUGAUCCAAUGUCCGCUAAACGAAUUCGCUAUCCUUUAAAAAAAAAAGAAGUAAGAUAACAAUGUAACAAUUUAAGGAAAAUAAAUGAAUUAUAAUAAUAACAACGAAAAUAAUACCGACGACCGAGAAUUCAAUAAAACCAAGCGAGCGGUGGAUGUCGGAAAGCGGUUCGAGGAUAUAAAGAAAAAGUAUUCGGGAAACAGCGCAGUCGCGGCCAACUCGAAGACGACCAAUAAAAAUUCUUCGAACGAACCCGUGACCGCCGGUGCCAUCCCGAGCAAUCCCAAAAAGAUCAAUAUAUUCUCUUCCUUAUUUAAAGAUACCUCAUCCGAAAUAAUCGCCUCCAAACGCGAAUUAUUCUUCAAAACAACACCUAGCCACAACCAUCUCCCAUCUACCACACAAACGAGCAGCAAUCACAAUUUAAACGCCUCGUCCCAUUACGGUUCCUUAGCUUCUUCGUCCAGUCCCACCAGUCUUUCCACCCAUUCCUCAUUGACUUCUCAGGAUUUGAACAUCCAAAAUCACGCCAACCAUCUCGCCACCGCAAAUAUCACCGAUAAUCAUUCGGCCAGCCCGUUUCCCAACACCUUUUCUACCACAAAAAUGCCGUUGCUAGCUUCGGUCGGGGGCGACAAGGGCUCAUCCCCCUACGAUUACAGCGACCGCGAAAAACCGUUAUCCUCCUAUCUCCCUUCCAGCCACCACGGCAUGGGCCUGACCAAUAAGCCCUCACAUCUCGCCAAUAAAUACUCGGCAAAUCUCCAACAACUUGGUAAGGUAUCCGGUGGCCUCGAAAACGAGGACGGAAACUAUUCUUAUAACAAUCGGUUUCCAAACGGGGCAAUCAACCCAAACCCCUCCAGCUUCGCUACCGAGUUAGCCAACAAAAAACGUACUUUGCUCCAAAACAAUAACAACAACAGAGAGGGUACCACAUCACCUCCCAAUAUACUUUCCGCUUCCGUUACCGGUGGUGGCGGCGGCAAGGAGAAUUCCGGCCACCUUAAUCAAAACGGAAUGACGAACGGGAAUAUAAACAAUAUUGUUAACGGAAAUUUGACCAACGGGUAUCACCAUAACUCAUCGAAUACGAAUCAUGUUCAACCGCCCACGGGGACUGUAGUCGAAAAGUGCAUAGGAUUCGCCAAUUUGCCCAAUCAAUUCUACCGUAGAGCCGUGAAGAAGGGUUUCGAGUUCACCCUCAUGGUCGUAGGCGAAUCCGGUCUGGGCAAAAGCACGUUAAUAAAUUCCCUAUUUCUGACCGACAUAUAUUCCGAGGAUUUCCCCGGUCCGUCUCACAGGAUCAAAAAAACAGUCGAAGUCGAGACAUCUAAACAAGUCCUGGUGGAAAAUGGCGUUCAACUUUCCUUAACCAUAGUUGACACCCCCGGUUUCGGUGAUUCGGUCAACAAUUCGGAAUGUUGGCAAAAAAUUCUUGACCACAUAGAAUUCAAAUACGAUGAAUAUCUAAACAAGGAGAGUAAAAUCAACAGGAGGACUUUCGAAGAUUCGCGCAUUCAUUGCUGCCUUUACUUUAUAGCUCCAUCGGGACAUGGAUUGAAAGAAUUGGACAUAAAAUUCAUGAAAAAGCUCCAUGAAAAGGUGAACAUAUUACCUUUAAUAGCGAAGGCAGAUACCAUGACACCAGACGAAAUACAUCGAUUCAAAAAGAGGAUUUUGAACGAAAUUAAACAAAACAACAUCAACAUUUACGAAUUUCCCUCUAUGGAUGACCCCGAGGAAAACAAAAGGAACAGGGAAUUGAAAGACAAGGUACCAUUCGCCAUAAUGGGGAGCAAUAUGGUAUACGAUUUGAACAAUAGAAAAAUCAGGGGCAGAAAAUAUCCUUGGGGCAUUGCUGAAGUUGAAAACAACGAUCAUUGCGAUUUUUCCGCUUUGAGGGAUAUGUUGAUUCGUAGGCACAUGCAACAUAUGAAGGAUGUUACCGCCAACGUGCUUUACGAAAAUUUUAGGUGCUUUAAAUUGUCGGGCGGAUGUCCAGACGCUAUAUCUGAUAUGGAUAAUCCUCUGACGCAACUUCUCGAGGAAAGAAGGGAACAGGAAGCCAACCUCAAGAGGACGGAAAGAGAGAUGGAACAGGUGUUCACUGUCAAGGUCAAGGAAAAAGAGACGAAAAUUAAGGAAUCAGAGGCUGAAUUGGAAAAAAGGUACGAACAAAUGAAAAAAAAUUUGGAGGAACAGCUGAGAGAAUUAGAAGAUAGGCGCAGAAAUUUUGAAGCCGAAAGACACGCUUGGGAAAAUGGCAUACCUUCCUACACUCAUCAGCAAAACGGUACUUCUCAAGGUUACAACAUGAAUGGAGGAGAUAUUAGUAGACCUAACGAAGGCCAUGCUUACUUAAACGGUAACAAUAAUGCACAUACCAAUUCAUCUUCCAACCUUAAUAUGAUGAGCUCCAAUAGUACCCUAAAUAGUCUGUCUUCCAAUAAGAAAAACAUUAUACAAUACUCAGAUGCUAACAUGAAAGAGGCAUACGACGAAAAAGAUAAGAAAAAGGAGAAGAAACGAUUUUUUUAAAUGAGACGAUAAUAUCAAUGGCAUUAAAAAAAAGCACUAUAAGAAUUAUUUCCGCAUAUUUUAUUUAAUUUAUAAAUUAUUCAAAUAAUCAUUUUUAUAUUCUAAAACUAAUUUCGUUUUUUUUUAUAAAAUAUUAAUUAUCAUAAUUUUUUAUAUUAUUAAUGUUAAGUUCAGUUUAUUUCCUUAUCAACCAUAUAUUAAAACAAUUACUCAAAAUUAAUUAUUUUUUUUGUUGAAAAUAUUUAAUAAUAAAAAAAAAUACAUUUAAAUUUAAAUAACGCUCGUGAUUAAAAAAAUUUAUAUAUUUUUUUAAAUUUUAUGCAUAAGAAUUUAUUACUUUUAAUAUCAAAAAAAAAAUACUUUUAAUUAUUUUAUCUGAACAAAUUGAUGGCAUUUUUAUUUAUUUA